AUGUCCGAACAAGGUUCAUGUACAGAUAUAACAUGUGAUAAUGAAAUUAAAGAAUUAUAUGAAUGUUAUUGUUGUUUACGUCGUGUUUGUUUAACUCAUUUAAUUGCACAUCUUGAAAUAAUAAAACAAAAUAAACAACAAUUAGAUGCUAUUCGUCAUGAAUUAAAUACAGUUAAAAAUAAGCUUAAAUUAAUUGUGGAAGAAAAACAACGAAUUAUUAAUCAGGAACACAAUUUGAUUGAACAAGCAGAGCAAUUCCUUGAUGUACCUAGUAUUUCAAUUGAUAAACUGCAAAACCUCUUCGAAAAACUUAAUCAAGCAAUAGCAUCCAAUCAUUCAGAAGAAAUCAUAAUAAAAGUUGAACCAUCAUUAUCAGAACCUGAAUAUCGUUCUUCAGUUUGUAAAUGUAAUAAGGAAAACAUGAAUUCAGAUGAUGUACCGAAAGAAUUGGAAAUCUCAAAAAAUGAUGAGAACUCAAUGGAUAUCAAUCAGGAUUUGGUUGAUACUGUUUCAGUUAAUGAAACAAAGAAAUCUACUGAGGCAAAAAUAAUUCUACCCGAACAACAUCUAAAGGAAAAACAUCAAGUAAAAUCAUACAGAAACCGUUCAGAUAAAUGUCCAUUAACAUUUGAUGGAGCAUUUGGUCUUACUAAAGCAAAUCAUUCUAUUAGAUUGUGUGGAGCCCAAAAACAUAGACGAAUCUAUUUAUAUCAGCAUUUCAGACGAUUGCAUCACCUAAAAGAAGUUUACGCUCAACGUUUGAUGCGAGCUAUUGCCGCCGAUCUUGACCCUCGAAUAACAAAAUUAUUUCAUGAAAAUGAAGAUCCAAUCAUUCAUUCGUAUGAUAUCCCAUGUCCUUUUUCUUAUGAACAAAUCAAUUCACCAAAAUAUACUGAACAAAACUUAGACAUUCCAACUUGUGGUACUCGUUUUGUUAAAUUAUAUACGUUUGAAAGUCAUUUACGACGUUAUCAUAAAAUUUCCAGUCGAUUGACACAAAAAAUACUUGAUGAUUUGGUAAAAGUUGAAUAA